AACAGUGAUCCUUGCGAACUUACACAACCAUAAUAGCAGCCUCUUGAUACAUACACCUACGCAUAUUUUGGUUUUUGCAGUAUUUUAUGAGUAACCGUUACGAGCAGCGGUGAAAUUAACAUGCUUCUCGCAUUUCAGUUAUAAACUUCAAUUCCCAUCAUGCCAGUCGGAGGAGGAUCACGACGACAGCGAUGCUUGAACAUACAAAGCAGCAGCAGGUAAACAAGUCUGAUCGAGCUGCUGUUGUGAUGCACAGUAACGGCGAUUUCAAAGCGUUUCGCUCAUUGGAAGAUGAUAGGGAUUUCAUAAUCAAUAUGAAAAGGUGAUUAUUGCCCUUUUUGAACGUUAUCGUUAAAAAAUAGUUUGUUCGACCCUGUUUAAUGGAUUGCUCUAAUUCUUGGCAAACUGGAAAAUAUCUAAACUGUGACGCUGUUGUUUCGCAACAUAUCUGCAAUGGUGCUCUUCAGUCGCACAGUGCGUGUACGCGCUCACAAAUGGGACAUUUUGAGGCACAGCUGAGAGCUUUGAAACUGCGCCUGUACACUUCAUAGUGUUAAUGCGAUGGGACCCAUCCUGCAGGAACGAACUGCGUCUGCGACACUGAAGAAGGUGCCAGACAAGGAGAAGGUUAGAAUGAAAAAUGCAGAAAACACUGGGAUUGUUACCAGCAAUAAUAAGAGAGGAGCACACGUGAACCAGAAUAAGAAACCUCUCAAAAAAACAGUGUCCUUGCAUCCAGGCCAAGAGAAGGAUCCUCUGCCUAAAGCUGAAACUGUCCAAAAUGGCAUUAAACCAAAGAAAGCUAAGAGUCCGACUUGUGGGACUUGCAAGUUGCGUGGCACACAGGGAGAAUCAGACCUGAGGCCUCCACAUCCCAAACUCUCAUGUCCCGAGCGUGGACAGGAAAGGCAGAAAAUUCAGCUGGAGUCUCAGUGCUGUAGAGAGAUGGUACAGAGCCACGUGGCCUUGGAGAAGAGCCGUCGUGCUCUCUCGCUGCCCUUGGCUCCUCAGCCAGUGCUGCAGCAGCUCACCCUGCAGAAGCAAGUCCCUGAUCUGGAGUCACUCCGCCUUUUGGAGCACAAGGAGGACGACACGGACAGCGCCAGUGACCUGUCUGACUCCGAGAGGCUCCCUGUGCUGCCUUCUCCCUGCACUCCUCCUCAGCUUAACCUCAGAGCAGAGGUGUUCAACACCAUGGACCUGCAUCCCCACAUACCUGGACCCAGGACAGUGGAGAAUGAUGACAUCAGCUACAAUUACCCAGACUUCCUGCCACCUCCAUUCAAUACCUGGAGCCUGAGGCAGCUUGCCAUUUUCCUCAACACGGAGGGUAAGAGGGCCCCCCGGCCAAAACCUGUAGGGAUGCUAGAGAAGUAUCUGGAGCGCCUCCUCCAACUGGAGUGGCACCAGAUUCAAACCAUUCAGGCUGAGAGUGGGCAGCACAUCGUGCCCAUCAUCCGAACAAGAGGUAAUGCCACCAGUGUCCUAGCAAACAGCAACCGGACCAGGCCUCACACUGCUCCUCCAACACGCCUCAGCUCCCCAAAAAGCUUUCGGCAGGGUCAGCGGGGCUUCUUCUCUUCUAUGGGCAGCCCAUCAUCCACCCAGCUUUCUCGCCCAGUUUGCCCUCACUGCCAUAUCCGUUACCCACUCUGCAACGGCACUUGCUCUUCAUAUGCCUACCAGCGCCAUUCCCGUCUCAGCCCCCUUUUAGAGCGCAAACCCCCUCCAGCCAACACCCAAAAGAGAAGCAGCAGCGAAAGCCGGGCCUCCACCUCCGAAAACCGCACCACAUCGAAAAACCAGCACCUGGUCAGUCCUCAAGCAGCAAAGGCUCAGCAGAACCACAUGCAGGCCAUGGGCAACGUGCGCAGGGCAUCUCAUGAACUUAACCCGAAUGUCAAAUCCCAUUCUUCGGUCAGAAAAGGUAAGACUGGAAGGUCAAAUGAGGCAGAGAGACAGAAAGAUCCACCUGGAGCGAAACGUGAAGGGGUUGAUAGGCGAGUUCCUGCCGCUAUAAAGCGCGAAGGUGGUGGUCCAGGGAAAAAAAUGGUUAAGGAUUGUCCAAGAGCCGAAACAGGUGAAGUACGAUUAAGAUCUGGCACUAAAAGAAUGGUCGCCGACAGCUGCGAUGUGAAAGUGACAACGGCUACCAAGACUACUGGCAAGGUGAAAAAUGCUCAGUACGCCAAGUAGUUAGUGCUCCUUUCAUGCCUAUUUUCAGUUGCCUCAAAACAUUUCCAUUUUGCGUACUGUAAAGAAGAGCUAAUUAAAUGAUUCUAAUAUCACUGCAGUUAAGUGUAGUUAUAUGUAAAAAGGAUAAAGGUGCGGUCAGAUUAGCAAAAUUUUGGCAAAGUUUGGUGAGAAAAAGGACCAUUGUCUAUUGGCAAUAGUGUAGCGAUGUAUGAAGCGAAGUCAAACCAAGGAGCUUUCUGUUGGUCAACAGCAACUUGAACCUGUUUACCUUCAGACGAAAUUCCCAAUUGAUGGAUUUCUAUUGAAAUGUUUGAAUUUUGCCAAAUUUGCUGAACAACGGUAAAUGUGACCGUACCUUAAUAAUUGUAUCCUUCUCUUUAGAAAUCAUGCCUUUUCAUCAUUUUAGUAGAUUUCAAAGUGCAUUUCUUCAAUAAGAUAUAUUUAUUUUAUCUGCUUAAGUACUUAAAAGCAGGUUAUCUUUACUUACUGUACGCACAAAUCCUCUAUAAAAUAAAAUAAACUUACUUCAAUCUAGUGUGCAUGUACAUAUCUCUUAUUUGAGGGAGGUAUGGCAGAGAAUGUCAGUGUGUGGUGUUUUGUCUAGUAAGCACUAUUGGUCAAAGAAUGUAUAUUUUUGAGAUGAACAAUGAAUGUUUUGUAAUGACUGUAUUUUUGUAAAGUGCUAUUUACAAGGACUUCUUUUUUUGUUAUUUAUUAAAUAAUUUAUCUGUUUAUUACAAUGGUUUGACAUUUAUUAAGUUAAAUAAGAAUGUUUUGUGUAAUGCAUUGCAUUAUCUUUGAAUGUUUUGGAAGACAUUACUUAGCUUCUCAGUAAGUUAAAUGUAGUUGAAUUGUGAUGUUAGGAUUGCCGAUGGUGGUUUUGUGGUGCGGUUUGUGUUGAUGAGGAUGGAACGAUUAAUAUGGUCAACAAGGUUAUCUAUGUUGAGAACUUUUCAGGUGAUUACAUUGAACUUCAUGUCUCUAAAUAUAGCAUGUUUUGUUUAUUUUUUUAAGGAACAAUGAUGGUAGUAGUUUUGGAGUUUUAUAUGUGUAAUGCAUAUGACCUUGAAAGUUGGUACAGGUUGAGGCCAUACAGUACGUGGUACCACAUUUCUAUACUUGGUGUAUUAUAUGUAGCACCAUUUCAUUUUGGAUGUUAUGUAAUGUGAAGUUCUCUUAUCAGGCAAAAAAACACAUGCAAAAAUCUACUUUUGUCCUAUCAUUGUCAGAUUGUGCUUUUAUUUUGCUGGGACUUUUUGGUAGAGUUGAAUGCAGCUAUUUUUAUGAGAUACAAAAUAAACAGUUUUCAUUACAUCAUCAGA